AUGCGGGCGAAGCGGAGCUUGGCCCAGCGCUGCCUGCCUGCUCAGAACAGUGCCCACCGCCAGUGCCCAGCGGACUCCAUGGUCCACUGCCACCCUCAGGAAGCCACGAGUCUGGGGGUUGUUGGAGCCUGCCUGGGAGCUGUGCUGCUGCCCGUUGUCGCAGGCACCUGCGAGGGCUCAGAAGCCGAGGCCCAGGCCGCCGCCGAGCCAGGAGGUAGCGGGCAGGAGCCCCCACAGCCGCCGCGGCCUCAGGAGGUCCGAGCGGGAGAGAAGGCGGCCGCUUCCCUCCUUGGUUGCACUGAUGCCUCAAAACUGCUACUGCUGUGGCUGCGGGGUACCCGAACCCUCGCGCAGACAGAAAACAGGGCCCAGAGAGCCAGCACGGUCAUUCCCGGACCCUCCCGGACCCCCAGCGGGAUGCCAACAGCUGGCCACUGCCUCCCAAGGGUAAGGCCCAGGUGGCCUGUUGUGCGACCCGCUGGACCGAGCACCGGGGGAGUCCGGCUGGCCCUGACGCUCCGCGGGGCCAGCGGGCCACUGUGGAGGGCCAGUCCUGGAGCAGUUACCGAGAAGGAGGUCCAGCAGUGGUACAAAGGCUUCAUCAAGGACUGCCCCAGCGGGCAGCUGGACGCCGCCGGCUUCCAGAAGAUCUACAAGCAGUUCUUCCCGUUCGGGGACCCCACCAAGUUCGCCACCUUCGUUUUCAACGUAUUUGAUGAGAACAAGGAUGGGCGGAUCGAGUUCUCGGAGUUCAUCCAGGCGCUGUCGGUCACCUCGCGGGGGACCCUGGACGAGAAGCUGCGGUGGGCCUUCAAGCUCUACGACCUGGACAACGACGGCUACAUCACCAGGAACGAGAUGCUGGACAUUGUGGACGCCAUUUACCAGAUGGUGGGGAACACCGUGGAGCUCCCCGAGGAGGAGAACACCCCUGAGAAGCGGGUGGACCGGAUCUUCGCCAUGAUGGACAAGGUGCGGCAGGAGCGAGGCUGGGUGGGGGCCGGGCGGUUCGCGGGAAGCCGCCGGAGGCUGCGCUGUGCGGCCGCGCCGACAGCCCGCUGGGGUGAGCGCGGAGCGCCCGCGGCGCGCGGGGACCGAGCGAUCGCGGGCGUCCGCACGGCGGCGCCCCCUGGAGGCCGGUCCCGGUGUCGCCCCGAGGGGCUCUGCCUCCUCUCUAGCCGCGGGCCCCCUGGAGCCUGCUGGGGCCUCUCCCCUCUCUCCAGCAGCUGGCCCGCCCUGCCCACACGCCUGGGCCAGUCACCGCCUCGCCGGGGAGAUUUAAAGAGCCCUUGUUCAGAAGCGCGGGUGACGUCCCAGAGCUUGGCUGCGACGGCGGGCCUGGGCCCCUCGGGGUUCCGCUUGUGCUGGCAGCCCCCAGGCCCAGCCUUCUCCUGCCAGUGCCCGGCCUCGGUCUGGGGCUGGGUCCUUGAGGACACCUGCUGUGUGCCAGGCACCGGCCCUGCUGCCAGUCGCAUCGGGUGGCAGCGGCACCCUGGGGAGAUGGGGCUGGAGCUGGAGAGAGGCCUCUAG